AUGCCGCCUCAGGAGUUGCAUGGUGAUGAUGAGCACCAGACAGCCGCAGGUGGUGGUGGCGGCGGCGGCGGCGACCACCACCUCGUCAUCGACUUCACCGUCGCGGCCGGCGCCGUCGUCCAUCCCACCGCCGCCGCCGGCCGCCGCCUCCGCCCCGCCGUAAACUCCUUCCCCCUUGUCCUCAAGUUCGAGGAGGUGGUGUACAAGGUGAAGCUCGGCAAGCCGGCGGCGGGAUGGUGCGCGAGGGUGUCGUCCGCGAUCGGUGGUGGUGGGGAAGGGAGGAAGAAGAAGGGUGCGGCGGCGGCGGCGACGAGGGAGAAGACGAUCAUUAGUGGGAUGUCCGGGGUGGUGCGGCCGGGGGAGAUGCUGGCGAUGCUCGGCCCGUCGGGGAGCGGGAAGACGACGCUGCUGACGGCGCUUGGCGGGCGGCACGGCGGCGGCGGGCGCGGGAUGCUGUCCGGGAAGAUCACCUACAACGGGCAGCCGUUCUCCGGCGCGGUGAAGCGGCGCACCGGGUUCGUGACCCAGCACGACGUGCUGUACCCGCACCUGACCGUGGCCGAGACGCUCUGGUACACGGCGCUGCUCCGCCUCCCGCGCGCGCUCGGCGCCGGCGAGAAGCGCGCCCAGGCGGAGGAGGUGAUGCUGGAGCUCGGGCUCGGCAAGGUGGCGCACAGCAUGAUCGGCGGCGUCCGCGGCGUGCGCGGGCUGUCCGGCGGCGAGCGCAAGCGCGUCAGCAUCGGCCUCGAGAUGCUCGUCGACCCCAGCCUGCUCCUCCUCGACGAGCCCACCUCCGGCCUCGACUCCACCACCGCCGCCAGGAUCGUCGGCACGCUCCGCCGCAUGGCCGCCGACGGCGGCCGCACCGUGGUGGUCACCAUCCACCAGCCGUCGUCCAGGCUCUACCACAUGUUCGACAAGGUCCUCCUCCUCUCCUCCGACGGCUGCCCCAUCUACUACGGCCGCGCCGCCGACGCGCUCUCCUACUUCGCCUCCGUCGGCUUCGCCUCGCCGCUCUCCCUCAACCCCGCCGACCUCAUGCUCGACCUCGCCAACGGCUUAUUUGGUUUUGUUCUCGUGUGGUACUGUAUACCGCAAGAGUUGAUGUGGACCUAGAAGGCUACGUUAAAGCUUCAAAAAAUCAAGUUGCAAGGAAAGCCACAAAACCAUCCUUUAAAAAUUUGAGACCACUUAAUAUUUUAUGGAUUAAUUACUUGCAAAUAUUACUUUACUUUUGGAAUAAUCUUGUUAAAAUAUUUAUUAUCUUUUAUAUACUUUCUUGUUACAUCCAAUGCUUUGAAUUCCUAUACCAUGCACUUUGAUAACCUAGAUAUAGAAUUGCAUACUUCAGAAAAACAUUGUGUUGGA